AUGGCGGCGGCGGGCGGUGGCGAUAGUGACUGUGAUCGUGCGGGACGGCGGCUGCCACCUCACUCUCCCUCGGGCCUGAUUCUGCACACGGUGGAGAUGCACACGGGCGGCGAGCCGCUGCGCAUCAUCCCGCGGCUGGAGGCGGCGGAGGAGGCGGUGGCGGCUCGCGGACUGUCGCUGCUGUCGCUGCGGCGGGAGGUGGCGGCCACACAGGACCACGUGCGGCAUGCGCUGAUGCACGAACCGCGGGGCCACGCCGGCAUGUACGGGGCGGUGGUGGUGCGCGGCGGCGGGGCCGCUGCCGGUGCUGACCUGGCGGCCCUCUUCCUGCACGGGGCCGGCUACAGCGCCAUGUGCGGCCACGCCGUCAUGGCCCUCGGCCGCUUCGCUCUGGACUACGGGCUGGUGGUGGCACCCAGCUGCCCCGAGACCGCCGUCCACCUGCGCUGCCCUUGCGGGCCCGUCACUGCCUUCGUGCCCUGGGAUGGCCACCGCAGUGGCAACCCAGUCCGCUUCCACAGCGUGCCCGCCUUUGCUGCCGUCACCGACUUGGCCAUUGAUGUCCCUGGUCAUGGGAAAGUGGUGAUUGACAUUGGCUAUGGUGGCACUUUCUAUGCCUUCCUCAGUGCCGAGCAGCUGGGCCUUGAUGUAUGCUCUUCAAAGACUAGAGACCUUGUCAAUGCAGCGAGCAUGGUGACAGAAGUGGUGAAGAAACAGUUCAAGCUUCAUCACCCUGAAAGUGAAGACCUGGCUUUCCUCUAUGGCACCAUACUCACAGAUGGGAAAGAUGCCUUUAGUGAGGAGCCCACCACCAACAUAUGUGUGUUUGCAGAUGAACAGGUUGAUCGAAGUCCAACAGGCUCAGGUGUGACAGCUCGCAUUGCCUUGCAGUACCACAAGGGACUCAUCCAGCUGAACCAGACCAGAACCUUUCGGAGCAGCACAACGGGGUCUUUGUUCACUGGGAAGGCAGUGAAGGAAGCCAGGUUUGGGAACUACAAUGCUGUCAUCGUUGAAGUCUCAGGAGAAGCCUUUUACACUGGUACAGCUACCUUCACUGUUGAAGAAGGGGACUCGCUGAAACAUGGCUUUUUCUUCAAGUGA